GCACGUGAUGCUCUGUCCUCCGCGGGCGCGGAGAGCAGUUGCUAUAGCGUUGCUCCACUUUCUCUGAUCCGGUCCCGGACCCAGCCCCAGCAGGGUUAGAACUGACUCCAGCAUGGAAGAGGCCGAUCGAAUCCUCAUCCAUUCUUUGCGCCAGGCGGGCACGGCAGUUCCUCCAGAAGUGCAGACUCUGCGAGCUUUCACCACUGAGCUGGUAGUAGAGGCCGUGGUCCGAUGCCUUCGAGUCAUCAGUCCUGACGUGGGCUCUGGCCUCAGUCACUUGCUGCCACCAGCGAUGUCUGCCCGGUUUCGCCUGGCCAUGAGCCUGGCUCAGGCCUGCAUGGACCUGGGCUAUCCCUUGGAGCUUGGCUAUCAGAACUUCCUCUAUCCCAGUGAGCCUGACCUUCGAGACCUGCUUCUCUUCUUGGCUGAGCGGCUCCCCACCGAUGCCUCUGAGGAUGCAGACCAGCCUGCAGGUGACUCGGCUAUUUUCCUUCGGGCCAUUGGGAGCCAAAUCCGGGACCAGCUGGCCCUGCCCUGGGUCCCACCUCUCCUUCGAACUCCCAAGCUGCAGCGCCUCCAGGGCUCAGCCCUCCGGCAGUCAUUCCACUCCAGCACGUUGGUUCUGCCUGAGCUGAGUUCCAGAGGAGAGCCACGGGAGUUCCAGGCGAGUCCCCUGCUGCUACCAGCCCCCACACAGGUGCCCCAGCUUGUGGGGAGGGCAGCCUCCCUCCUAGAACAUCACGCCAUCCAGCUUUGCCAGCAUGUGAGCAGGGAUUGCCCAGGGGAUGAAGACCUAGUGUGCCGGACACAUCGCCUCCCAUCCCAGGAGGAUUCCCGGGCUGCACAGCAGCGACUGCACAAGCAGCUGGCUGAACAUCUGCGUCAGAGCUGGGGCCCAGUUGGAGCCUCGCCACAAGUCCGAGACCUAGGAGAGAUGCUACAGGCGUGGGAUGCUAGGACUACGACUAGCGCCCCCAAAGGCUCCCGCUUCACCCAUUCCGAGAAGUUUACCUUUCAUCUGGAGCCCCAGGUCCAGGCCCCCCAGGUACCAGAUGUACCAGCUACCUCCCAGAGGCCUGAACAGGACAUACGGGCAGCUCAAGAGCAGGAGUUAGAGUCCCUUCGGGAGCAGCUGGCGAGUGUGAACCACAACAUUGAGGAGGUCGAAGCUGACAUGAAGACCCUGGGAAUCAACCUUAUGCAGGUGGAGACCGAGUGUCGACAAAGCGAACUCAGCGUGGCUGAGCAGGAGCAGGCCCUACGCUUGAAGAGUCGGGCGGUGGAAUUGCUGCCUGAUGGGGCUGCCAACCUCGCCAAGCUGCAGCUUGUGGUGGAGAGUAGUGCCCAGCGGGUCAUUCAUCUAGCGAGUCAGUGGGAAAAACAUCGGGUCCCGCUUCUUGCUGAGUACCGGCACCUCCGAAAACUCCAGGAUUGUAGGGAGCUGGAAUCAUCUCGAAGGUUGGCAGAAAUUCAGGAGCUACACCAGAGUGUUCGCGCAGCUGCAGAAGAGGCUCGCAGGAAGGAGGAGGUCUAUAAGCAGCUGGUGUCAGAGCUGGAGACUUUACCAAAAGAUGUGUCCCGGCUGGCCUAUACCCAGCGCAUCCUGGAGAUUGUGGGCAACAUCCGGAAGCAGAAAGAAGAAAUCACUAAGAUCUUAUCGGACACAAAGGAACUUCAGAAGGAAAUCAACUCUCUCUCUGGGAAGCUGGACAGGACAUUUGCAGUGACUGAUGAGCUUGUGUUCAAGGACGCUAAGAAGGAUGACGCUGUCCGGAAGGCUUACAAAUAUCUAGCUGCCCUGCAUGAGAAUUGCAGCCAGCUCAUCCAGACCAUUGAGGACACAGGCACCAUCAUGAGGGAAGUUCGAGACCUUGAGGAGCAGAUCGAGACAGAGAUGGGCAAGAAGACUCUGAGCAACCUGGAGAAGAUCUGUGAGGACUACCGAGCCCUUCGCCAGGAGAAUGCUGGCCUCUUGGCCCGGGUCCGGGAGGCCUAGAGGCCUGAUGGAGGUCUCCUCGCCACAGGCAGGAAUUUGGGGGUGCUGGAGGCAGUGCCCAAGCACUGGUUCUAGCACUUCCUUCCGUUCAGCCUUCGCGUUCUCCUGCUGGGAUCUUAAACCCAGAUGCCUGCUUAUCGGGUCCCAUCUUUGAUCAGGGUGAUUGUCUAGCUUGGCCACAGUUUAUUAGAUGGGCACUGGGGGCCAAGGGCCUUCUAUCCCAAAUAAAAGAGAAGUUCUUCUGUGGUC